UGGCGCAACCUCUCGUGGUGCACUGAAAAUGCAGCAGGAGAAUUUCGGUCACCGUCCGCCUAAAUUCACCCCCAUAUUUAGCUCUACUCUCACCGCAGUUUUCCAAAUCCACCAUUUCCCCCCAUUCAAGCUCUUCCCUCUUUCAAGAUCCAAGGCGAUGACAUGAGCUUCUUCACCGGCUAUGACGAGGAGCUCGGCGGUGGUGGUCGUUGGCGUGCCUUCUCCAUCGUCCCUGACCUCUGUUCUGUUGAAUCCUCUGCCAGUGUUUGUUAGAAAGCCCUAACCCUAGACGUGGUAGAUUAGAUCUGUAAUAAUGCUACAUGUGUGUAGAUCUAACCCUAGAUGGGGUAGAUUUAAUUUGUAUGAAACCCUAUUUCAUGCUUGUCAUAGAACGAAUUUGGUAGUGAUUGACCGGCGUAGGUUCUAAGCAACUAUUUUUCAUGUGUGACGUGUUUAAUCUUUUGUAGGUCUCCAUGACAUCUACAUCGUCGAGCACGACCACUCUGGUUCUUCCUUCUUCUCCUUCGAGCACAAUCGCGGUUGCCCUGCCUGCUUCUCCGUAUAGCUCACCGGCCUCUGAUCUAAAUCCUACUUCCCUGAUUGUCAUCCCGCAUUCUCCCGAUAUGAUGUGCAAGCCUUCUAUGUCUUGGAUGGUGCCUGAAAACGCAAGGGCUGAUCUACCUUUGUAUCACCCCAAACCACCUAUGGUGUGGGAAGGACGUCUGUUAGAGUUCGACCUCAACAGGGUUUGUGAUUAUCCCUCCACGGGUGAACAACCACCUGAGGAAGUGGAGACGGAGGUAGGGCGCUCGUGUGCAAGAUUAGGAAUAUUCCAAGGAGUCACGUUUUGCCAGGAGAGCACAGACGUGAUGAUGGACAAGGACAAGUUGAAGGCAUACCUCAUGCAUUCCCCGAAAGCACAAGAUUUGUUGAACACACCCAUAACGAACUAUCAGCAUAUGAAGAUGAUCUUCGAACCAAUGUUUGUACUUAACAAGAUUAUCUUCACUCGCCACAAACUUGUGGUUGCUAUCAACUACCUUGCGCACCACAAAGUCCAUGUUAGCAACUAUGCUGAGAUGAUAGGAGCAGAGAGGAGGACCUGGCUUUGAACAUGGCUGCGCAAUCAAAACUCUUAGUGGUACCGCUUUGUAGCUGUGUCUGAUGGUGGUCGUGAUUGGUUGCGGUCCUAUGCAUUUCGGAAGCUUCUCUAAUAUGCAUUCCACUAGCUAGGAACUGAUAAAAAAUUGGUGCUUGGACUGUAAUAUUUUGGGGUGUGGUAUAUAUACUAACCUCUCUGAUGAUAAAUUUUUGAUGCAUCA